UUUUUUUUCAAAUCAGGAAGAUUAUAAUUGAGUUUUAUUUAUAAGUUUUUCACUGAAGCCUACUUUAGGUACGAAUCCAGUCAGUAUUGCAGCUCCUGGAAAUCAUGGUGACAACUUUGUCCUAGAUAUGGCUACUACAGUGGUUGCUGCUGGAAAGUUAAAGAUCAUGGCUUCAAAGGAUAGUAAUCUUCCAGCAAAUAUGAUUGUCGAUGUAAAUGGUCAUGAGAGCCGUAAAUACGAAGAUUUUAAUGGAGUGUUUCCGGUCGGAGGUAGAGAAGAAACUGGUGGUUAUAAGGGGUUUGGUUUAGCCAUGAUGGUUGAUAUCCUUAGCGGUGUUUUAAGUGGUGCAGAAUUUGGAGCAACUUGCAAAGGAGCGGGAAAUCUGGGUUUAGGUUUUAUAGCAAUUGAUCCUAAUCAAUUUGAAGAUGGUUUUACAAACAGAAUGCAAAGUUUGAUAGAUGCUUGCAGAAAUCAGCCACCGGCUGACGUCGGUCGUCCAGUUUUGGUUCCAGGGGACCCAGAAAGACAACACAUGGAAUUGUGUGAUCAACUUGGUGGUAUACCAUAUACAAAAAAACUUUUACAGAUUGUUGAUAGUAUUGCAGAAAGAUAUCAAAUCACACCACUGCUUUAGAAUAUAGGAGAUAUAUCAUUAAUACAAAAAGAGCUGCG